AUGCAACCCACGCUCUUACUCGCGCCCCUGCUCCUCCUGCUAUCCGUGUCUGCGUCUGCGUCCCCGGCCCCAGACCCGAUAGACGCUGCCCUCCCGCAAGUCAUCGCGCUCGACCGCAACGGCAACGACGCCUGCGGGACGCGCGCGGGCUGCCCGGGGCUGACCGCUGCCGAUUUGUCCUCGGCCUCGACGGGUGGUGCGGGGAGGCCGAGCGGGGCUGGCGCGGGUAUGGCGCUGGCGGGUGCGGGCGUGGUGCUCGCUGGGUUGGUGUAAUGAGUGGUCGUGUGGGGGUUAUGAGGACCUUGGAUUGUGGACAUUUGUGCGGUGUGCGGACCUUUUCUCUGGGAUGUAUACACGGUUGUAUGAUAUGAAUACCCCACGAUGGUUACCUCUCUUCAACUUUCUUCUGAUACCACGAACAACUGAGGGAACAGGACGCGCAUGCAUCCACCAUACAUGCAACGCAAUACGAUUCAUACAACACGUCCACUGCACGAGCUGUUC